CACCAACUUCACCCACCAAUCUGCUUAUUGCUUCUGCCGAGAGCCUUGGUCGUCUUACAUGUGUAUCCAUCUUCAACCUUCCCAACUUGUUGUUUUUCCUGUGAUAUAAUCAAUUGACACCCGUUUAAGUAUGUUGACAUUAUGACACCAAUAUUGGCUGUGAAUCUGCAGACAUUCAAUUUUGUUCCUUUUUCAGCGAACUUUAUUAGUGGCAUGAAUGAACCCGGUACACCUAUCACCUUCAGCCAUCCAUUGGAAUCUUGAAUUUUGGUGCCAAAAUAUCUCCUCAUGUAUGAAAAAUUGAUUAUACACUUUGCUUUACCGUCCUUGCAAUCGCCAAGCUGCUUAUGUUGGACGACUUGCAAUCUCCCUCUCUAUUUCUUUUAAUCUGCUGAGAACUUGUUUCUUUCUUGCAAACACGUUACCAAACACUUCUUUGUUCCAAGUUAUAGACAUGUCCUGCAGAUAGUUGAGGAGGGAUGAAGUGUCUCUUUCAGUAGUUCCAACCUCUCCACGGAUCAACUAUAAGUAGUUCUCAUCCGAUAACCACAUGGCUUCUAUACGAAAAGGGCGUACCUGCAGAGAAUUAGAUAAUCCUUGGGUGUUCAAGAGAACUGGGAAGUGAUUUGAGUACGUCCUUGGAAGGUGCAAAAUUGAUAAUUCUGGAAAAAGCAAUAUCCCUUUCAACAUUGGCCAAUGCUCUUUCCAAACGCACCUGGAGGAUGCCAAAUCUAGUAUCGUUCCUGUACUAAGUAAAUUGUGGGCCUUGAAAUCCAAUGUCAAGGGACCCGCAUCUGCUCAUCUUAGUAUGCAUAUUGAAGAUACGAUUUGAAUUGCUUGGAGCUCCUCCUUUAAUUUUACUUGGACCGACAACUUCGUUCCAAUCUCCAAUGAGAAGCCAAGGGAGGUGAUUCUCACUCGCAAAGUUCUAGAUUUGGCGCCAAAAGAUUUUUCUUCUGCUAGGUGACGGAUUUGUGUAAACUGCUAAUAACAUCCAUCUAGGCUUCCUCGGGGAUUCGACCAACACAUGGAGAACUUGGCUUGUCGAAUCCAAAACUGUACAAAUAAACCAAUUUUCAUUCCAAAGCAUCCAAAUUCCGCCCGCCCUUCCAACAAUUUCGACUCUAAAAGAUUUUGAAAAUGGUAGGUGUGUCACUAUUUCAGCAGCUCUCUCCUUGCUAAUUUUGAGUUCAAGAAGGAAAGCCACAUCAAUUUUUCUAUUUCUCACAAAGUCCUUGAGAGUGCGAUCAAAUAACUUAUUCCUUGCUCCCCUCACAUUCCAAGAUAAAAUGGACAAGUCCAUAACUUAUUUAGAGAGAAAGAACGGCUGGGUAACAGUGGGUUGCUCUUACGAAGAAGACUAUAGGAGGGCCCUGGACGGGCUUCGACUGCGAUGCUUCCGCGGAGCUGGUUUCGUCAACUCGUUGGAAGAUUUUCUCAUUGUUAUGGACAUGGGCCUUGCAGUUGCCAUUUCAUCAAGCCCAUUAGUUAGUUGGGUAAUGGCUGGAUUGAGAAUCGUGUAUGAGUAGGGUUGGCUAGGAUUAAGAUUUGGCUCGUUGGAACCCUUCGGUUGACCCGACAAGAUUGGAGGAGAGGUGUGGGGGAGGGAAGCCACAAUAAGUUCUCAUGUUGGAGAGUUGAUGCCUGACAAUGGUUGCAGAUAUUGGCAUGCAAGUGGAGUGGGCGCAGGGGCGGACCCAUGUAGAGGGUGGGAUGUCCUAGGACACCCUAAAAAUUUAGGAACCCUAAUAAUAGUUUGAGUAUGGAAAAAAGGGGGAAAAUAAAUGAUAAUAUAUGUGAUUCGAAUCUAUAACAUAAUAGUUAUUAGUGAGCAUCGUUUAUAUUGGCUACACUUCGUUUAUUUUAAUUUAUCCUAAAUGUAAUUGUAAACGUGUAGCCCUUAUCUCUAACGUUUCCAAAGCCCAAAAUUGAACCCACAAACUAACCCUUAUUCCCACUGUAUUGUAAGACAUGAUUUUAUCCUGAAGAGUUUCAUCACCUUUAAGAAUUUUUUCUUCUAUAUGAUUUUUUAGAAUUAUUAUCAUUGUGUUAAAAAUGAUGAGUUAUUUUGUUGAUUAAAUGGAGCUGAUGAAUUAUUUGAGUUGAUGUUGGAGACAAAGUUGUUCUAUCAUAUCUAUGAUCAUGAGUCUAUUUACUUCUCAAAAUUAGUAUUGACUUUUACCGGUUGCAAUUCCCAGUGUUGUGGGAGUUUUUUCAGCUUUGGGUUACAUAAAAAACAAGUUUUGUGAUCAAAUAAGUGAACAGUUUGUGAAUGAGUGUCUAGUAGGAUAUAUUGAAAGAGAUUUAUUGAGCACUGAAGAUAGUGAGUGUCCUGUACAUUUUUUUCCCAAAUAUGAUAACACGUUGUAGAAUUUGUGGUAACUUGUACUAGUUGGAUAUUUUCUUAUUUUUUUUUAAUUAAAUUUAAAUUUUGAAAGGGACACUCCUAUAUAAAAUUUCUAGAUCCUCCACUAAGUGGGCGGGACAUGCUCUUUAAUUACACUAGUCUCAGUGAUUGACGUUGUGGUUCCGACAACAUCGCUGGAAGCCGGAGAUGAUACUUAAGCAUUUUGGGGGUGGGGGGUUGGUGUUGGGGGGAUUGUGGUAGUUGCCGAACUUUUGUGGUGUCUCACAGCAGGCUGUGGAUAGCCUGAUGGAUUCGAAGAGGCCAGUGGUGAGAAUGAGUUACCUAAUGUUGCCGAUUUACUUCUAUUCUUAGAACCCAUCAUCUUCCCUGUUUUUUCUGUUCGAACUUGUCGUGGACGUCGUCUCCUAGUUGUGACCAUCCAGUCUCCAAAAAAUGGUGGUGGAUUGUAGCCCGACUUUGAUGCAACGGCUACCACAUCUUGAUCUGUAGAAGAUUUUUCCAUGUGUUAUUGUGGGAGUGAUGGUUUCUCACUAGUGUGCGAAGAAGCACCUUCCUGAGUAGGGGAAGAUGUUUGAAGUUAUAUCGUGAACCUGCAUCUUGUUUUAGAGGGCCCUUCCACAAUCGGAACAUAUUAGUGGAAGGCCUUCAUAUACAAUUCUUGUCCAAGCAUUCGCCACCCAGACCUUCGGAACAAGAGGCUCCUCCAAGUUAGUUCACUUCCCCACAAACUUUGGCUAAGCGUCUCAAUAUGCUGAAGCUAGAAUUAUUUGUUAGUUUGUGCUCCAUGAUUACGAACUAAAUCCUAAUUUCUGGGGAAGAUAGUAGGUUGUAGCUACUGAAUUUCUUUGAUUUAAUUCAUAUUGUUUUCCCAUUCAUAUUGUGUAUGGAUUCUUAAUUCUUUGUGUAGACUGGCCACUUGCAUAUCGAUUUGUUGUUCAAGAUUGAGACUGAGAGAAGAUAUCUAGGAUAGAACGCCCAAUUGAGCAUGAGAGCGGAAAGCGGGAGUUGUGUGAUCAUUAGAGGAGUUAUCGGACUUCAGGUUAGGUAGUUAAUUAAUUUGUUGUACAAGAGUAAACAAUUAAUUGGCUA